AUGACGCACUCCGACAAGAUGUGGGACAGUAUCAAUCUUGACGCCAUGGUAAUUGCCCCAACCAUUGAAUGGGCUCAGGAUAUGGGCCUUACAGACUCGUGGGACUUCCCGUGGGACCCGAAACGAAAGAUCUAUUUCCUAAAAGUCAUUCAUCAGCUGCAUUGUCUGAAAAAUAUCCGCAGAGCCGUCAAACAGCUGAUGUCGAAAGAAGAAAAUAAUGUCAAAUUUGCCCAUAUCGAGCACUGUCUCGACAGCCUGCGGCAGGAUCUCAUGUGCAAAGCAGACGACACUCCCAUGCCAUCUCUCGAGCUGGUUAAUGCGGCCGGUGAGGGUCAGGUCUUGAAGUGUAAGAGCUUUGAUAAAUUGGUCGCCUGGGCGAAACAUCCGGACCGUGAUGCUUGCUACAAACGAGGAAAUGAUUAUGAGCCGCCUCUUCACAGUAUUGAUCGUCAACUAUGCACUAUCAUCGCAGCACCCAUCUCUCUUUCGAUACUGGCAGAAUUCCACUCAACAAAUGCCUUGUACCGCACUCUCAUCGUUUCGAUAUGGGAACUGGGGGAAAUAGUUUCCCCUUUGCUUUGGGGCCCCCUUUCCGAGCUCUACGGUCGACGCUGGGUUCUCAAUAUCGCCAACCUCCUCUUCGUGGUCUUCCUUGCUGGGACAGCAUUGAGUACCAACAUCCAGAUGCUCAUCGCAUUUAGGUUACUCAGUGGUCUUGCGACGGCAUGUUCACCCAUAGGUCCAGGCAUAGUGAAAGAUUUAUUUGAAGAGGAGCACCGCGGUCGCGCCAUGUCCGUCAUGUCACUGGCAGGUGUAUUAGGCCCAGUCAUAGGACCCAUCGUCGGCUCAUAUCUCGGUGAAAGAGCAGGCUGGAGAUGGGUAUUCUGGUUACCCACACUUAUCUCAAGUGUCCUUGGUGUUCUUAUGCUGAUAAUAUACCGUGAGACAUACAAGGUCAUCAUCCUGGAGCGCAAGGCAAAGAAACUUCGCCGCGAAACAGACCGACCGGAACUGCGACCUAGGUACGAAAGAGAUGAAACACUAGGCCACAAAUUUCUUAGCACCAGCAUCCGCCCACUCACUCUUCUCUCUCGAUCUACGAUUCUCCUUCUAAGCACAAUCUAUCUUAGCAUCGUGUACGGAUAUACCUACAUCACUAUGACCACUAUCGCGCCUGUUUUCCAAGAGCGUUACGGGUUUUCCGAGGGAGCCUCCGGUCUCACCUUCCUAGGCCUAUGCCUCGGACUCGGAUUCGGGGCUUUGCUUUGCAGCUUCCUCCUCGACCGAUAUAUCCAGCGAGCCAAAACACGGUCAGAAGUAUUCGCUCCAGAGCAACGUCUUCCUCUGCUUCUACCGGCCUGUCUAUUAAUGUCCGCCGGCCUUUUUCUCUUUGGGUGGACAGUUCAAUAUCGAAUUCAGUUUGUGGUGCCGAUCUUGGGGACCGCACUUGUUGGCGUCGGGCUCGCGGCGACCUCCAUCUCGUUACAGACCUAUAUUGUGGACUCCUUUGGGAUUUAUGCCGUCAGUGCCAUCAGUGCAACGAUGGUGAUGAGAAACACGACAGCUGCGUUCUUGCCCCUUGCGGGGCCGCCCUUAUUUGACGCGUUGGGAUAUCACUGGGGUGGAACGCUUCUAGGUUGUGUAGUUUUGAUUUUCUCACUUUUGCCGUUGUCUUUGAUUAAGUAUGGAGAACGGCUACGUGAUAGCAGAAGUUUCCGGUAUGGGGAGUAUGCUAGAGACAUUGAAGAUCGUUAG